GCUUCUGCAUGCAUGCAUGAGAAGGGAGGGUGGUGGUGUCUGGUCACCUCCUCGGCUUCCUGCUCCCCUCCCUGCAAAAUUUAGGGCAUUCGCCUUAACAUCUCUCGCAGCAUAGCCGUCCCCCACCCCAUGGCGCUUGCUCGGUUGCAAGGCGGGAGCGUUGCAGGUUGCCCGGCGAUGUGAGGCGGCGCGGCGUCCCUCUUUUCGCCUCUCGCUUCCCAAGCCUUCCUUCCCACCCCCUUCCCGUCGCUGGAGCCGCCCCGCCGCUCUCCCGUCCCUCCCUCCCCGCCAUGCCGGACCAGAUCUCCGUGUCGGAAUUCGUGUGCGAGACCCAUGAGGAUUACAAGGCGCCCACCGCCUCCAACUUCACCACCCGGCUCGUGCAAUGCCGCAACACCGUGGCCGCCGUCGAGGAGGCACUGGAUGUCGACAGAACUGUUCUUUAUAAAAUGAAGAAAUCUGUAAAAGCAAUAAAUAUAUCUGGUUUAGCUCAUGUGGAAAAUGAAGAACAGUACACCCAAGCUUUGGAGAAAUUUGGAGGCAACUGUGUCUGUAGGGAUGAUCCAGACUUAGGAACAGCAUUUUUAAAAUUUUCUGUGUUUACGAAGGAGUUGACGGCACUCUUCAAAAACCUGAUUCAGAAUAUGAACAACAUAAUAACCUUUCCGCUGGACAGUUUGCUGAAGGGAGAUCUAAAAGGAGUUAAAGGGGAUAUUGUUGUUCCUCUUGAUAAAGCUUUGAAAGACUGCUAAACAAAAGUGACAAAAAUAGAGAAAGAGAAAAAGGAGCAUGCUAAACUGCAUGGAAUGAUCCGUACAGAAAUAAGUGGGGCUGAAAUAGCUGAAGAGAUGGAAAAAGAAAGAAGGUUCUUCCAGUUACAAAUGUGUGAGUACCUGUUGAAAGUAAAUGAAAUCAAGAUUAAAAAAGGAGUUGACUUGCUUCAAAACCUUAUCAAGUAUUUCCAUGCGCAGUGCAACUUCUUUCAGGAUGGUCUGAAAGCUGUUGAAAGCCUCAAACCUUCAAUAGAAAAGCUGUCUACAGAUCUUCAUACAAUCAAGCAAGCACAAGAUGAAGAAAGAAAACAAUUAAUUCAACUUAGGGAUAUUUUAAAAUCUGCACUUCAAGUUGAUCAGAAAGAGUCUAGGAGAGAUUCUCAGCUCCGACAGAGUACUACAUACAGUUUACAUCAGCCUCAGGGGAAUAAGGAGCAUGGCACGGAAAGAGACGGGAGCCUCUACAAGAAAAGCGAUGGAAUCAGAAAAGUGUGGCAGAAGAGGAAAUGCACGGUUAAAAAUGGUUUCCUUACCAUUUCCCAUGGUACAGCAAACCGACCUCCUGCAAAGCUCAAUCUGUUAACUUGCCAAGUGAAAACAAACCCAGAAGAGAAAAAAUGUUUUGACCUCAUAUCACUUGUUGUUGGAUCUGCCCUUGGGGACAACGUAACCAAGUGGAUAUUUCAGGAGCAAGAUGAAACUGCCCUUCAUCUUGCCGUAAGAUCAGUGGACCGAACGUCGCUUCACAUAGUUGAUUUCUUGGUGCAGAACAGUGGAAACCUUGACAAGCAGACGUGUAAAGGCAGCACAGCUCUCCAUUACUGCUGUUUGACAGAUAACGUUGAAUGCCUCAAACUACUGCUGAGAGGAAAAGCUUCCAUCGAAAUAGCUAAUGAAGCUGGAGAGACACCACUUGAUAUAGCUAAACGCUUAAAACAUACACGCUGUGAAGAGCUGCUGACCCAGGCCUUGGCUGGAAGGCUUAAUUCCCAUGUCCAUGUAGAAUAUGAAUGGCGGCUAUUACAUGAAGACCUGGAUGAAAGUGAUGAUGAUGUGGAUGAGAAGUUGCAGCAACCAAGCCCAAGUCGAAGAGAGGACAGGCCUGUCAGUUUCUACCAGCUAGGAUCCGGCCAGCUUCAGCCAAACGUGGCAUCUUUGGCAAGAGAUGCUGCUAACAUAGCCAAGGACAAGCAAAGGGGCUUUGUGCCAAGCCUCUUGCAGAAUGAGACCUACGGAGCUAUACUCAGCAGCAGCCCACCUUCCACCCAGACUCUGGCUUCAGUCACAAGCGCACCACCCCUGCCUCCCAGGAACGUUGGAAAAGUCCAGUCUUCAUUUCUUGGCAGUGCUGUUCAGACAACUCCUUCAUCGAACACACUGUGGAAGACAAAUUCAUUAGGAAUGGAAAGCAUAAGCAGGCAGAGGUCUUCAUCUGAUCCACCAACUGUCCAUCCCCCCGUUCCACCAUUGCGUGUAACAUCUACAAGUAUUCUUUCUUCAGCCCCACCUCCAGUUGUGAAGACGUCUAGCAUGCUAGAAGCUUUGAGCCACCAAUCAAAACAGCCCGCUGGACCACAGUCCAAACCUACACCACCCCCGCUUCCUCCCCAGCCUCCAAGUAGAAUUUCUCAGAAAAAGUCUACUACUGGGACUGACAAGUCAUCCAGCUCAUCUAACAAGGGGCAGAACAAAGGAGCUGGAUCUUUGCAGCACUCCUGUGUAUCAGGAGAGUCGUCAUCUGUGUCUGAGACGUCUGGAUCCCAAAUUGUCCCUUCUGCAAACAUGUCUAUACCGAUCCAACCUCCAGCUCCAAUGCCAAGGAAGUCCCAAUUAUCAAAAACAAAACCCAAGAGAGUGAAAGCAAUUUACAACUGUGUAGCAGACAAUCCAGAUGAGCUAACGUUUUCAGAGGGCGAUAUCAUCAUAGUUGAUGGUGAGGAAGAUCAGGAGUGGUGGAUUGGGCAUAUUGAUGGUGAACCUAACCGAAAAGGAGCUUUUCCUGUAUCGUUCGUGCACUUUAUUGUUGACUAAACUGUUCCUUGCACACGAAGAGACUUUUGCUUCCAGAGCUUCGAGAGAGCCUUUGACAGACGUGUUAACAAGAAUUUUUAUUGAAAACUCACUGAUACUGACCGUUAUUGCAAGUUUAACGAUGGAAUUAAGAUCUUCUAUUUGCCCUUAGGAAGUCUGGUUUAUAAUAGCUGAUAACCUGAAAAUACUUUCAUGGUGAACUGGAAAAACACAAACAUCAUGCAGUAGGAAACUAAAUCCAUGAAAAAGAUGUGAAACCUAUUUCAUAUGUGUUGAUAUUAAAUCCUUCUAAAAUUUUCUCCAGAGUCUAGAUAUCACAACUCCCUCUAGAUCAAAGACAUUUCUGAGACACACCACAGGACUAAAAGAUUGUUUACUGGACUGUGCAAGUCUGUUAUAUCUUGAAUUGCAUAUCUUGCAUUUUUUGUGUGUGCAGUCAAUGUCCCAAAGCCUGUUGAGGUAUAUUAAGAUUAUUAUUAGAUUUAAUAUCCCCCCCUUUUGGGGGGGCUUGGGACAGGCAAUUUUCUCUGUUUUUCCUUAGUACACUACAAAAACAUGAGGCUAGAAAUUCCAACUGUCUCCUGGAAGCAGAGUUGGCCAAGCCCUUAUCACCACUUUUUUUUAUGAAACCGAAGUUUUUCUCUGAAAAGAGUUCAGAGAACUUGACUACUUUGUGGACAUACACAGAUUGCCCUUAAAGGAAAUACAUUUCUCAGUCUGUUUAAAGGUAGAGGUGCUCAUAUGGAGGCGUGAUUGCUAUCUCGAAUGCCACAAUUUUCACUACAAGUUUUUUAACGAAACAAAUAAACAACAAAAACAUGCCUUAAAUAGUGGUCCAAAUGACAAUCCAGGUGCUCAUAAGUAACAUAAUGUGUACACCUACUGGGAGUAUGGAGCAGAUGAAGGAAGACCAGAGAGGUUGAAAGUCACCAGAUGGAAACGAGGGCAUUUUGUUCAUGUAGGGCUCAGGCAUUUAGCCCUGGGAUUGAAUUCUUGCAGGCUCUUUUGACAGGCGAUAGCAAAAAUCCCUUUUUAUUAUACAAUACAUUGGAAUGGCAAACGUGUGCACUUUUAUACAUGAUAAGCAAAUGUUGGCAGAGCACUCUCACUCAGGCAGAAAUGCUUCUUUUUGCAACAUCUUUGAGUCUUAGAAAAAGCCAAAAUCUGUUGCAGAUGCAACAACACCUUCUAAGUCUAACAACCAAAAUAUAGCAACAUUUUCAGACCUUUGAAUUUUUAAUAGUAUUUUUUAACACUGUGAUGGCACUGGUAAAGUUCUACCACCAUGGACUAAUGAUCUAUCCAUUCCAGUACAAGAGGCAGAAGCUUCAAAGCUUUCAGAGAACAAAAUAUAAACGGGAGAUAGUUGACAAGCAAGGAAGCUGCUGACCUUGAAUUCCUGUUCAUAACUCUGGGAGGGCACUCUCAAUCUUGUGUUCUACUUUGCAGAGGGAAAGCAGAGCCAAAUCCUCUAAAGAGAGGGGCUUCUUCAGUUUCCCAGAACAGCUUGGAAAGGGCAGGAAACCCCCUU